GGCUGAUCAACACUUCUCUUCGUCAGAUAAGCAGAUGGAUUUGCUGAAGCAGAAGAUGAUGAAAUUGAGGAGGGAGAAUGAAGGGCUUAAAAAACAGCUGCUUGCUUCUAAAGAGAGCUAAGAGAGGAGAUUUCACUUAGGCAUUGGAGCAGUAUUGAUGCAAGAGGGACACCCUUUGGCAUUUAUCAGUAGAGCUUUGGGCCCUAAGUGGCAAAAACUUUCAGUUUAUGAAAAAGAACUUUUAGCAAUUGUGUUUGUUGUACAAAAGUGGGAGCAGUAUCUCAUGGGAAAUCAUUUCCUUAUCAAGACAGAUCAAAAGAGCUUGAAAUGGCUUUUGCAACAGAAAAUAUCAACCCCAUUUCAACAAUUUUGGUUAUCCAAGCUUAUGGGAUUUGAUUAUGAAAUCCAGUACAAGAGUGGAAGAGAGAAUCUGGCAGCUGAUGCUCUAUCUAGGGUGCAAGGUUCAGAAGUGCUAUGUAUGGCCAUGUCAGUAGUUGACUCUAACUUAGCUACACUAAUCACUGCUAGUUAUCAGUUGGAUGCUACAUUGAAAGCUAUUGUGGAUUCUUUGGAACAACAACAGCUGGUAGUAGGUUAUCAAUUACAGCAUGGUAUUCUUAGGAAGAACAAUAGGAUGGUGGUGGGACCAGAUCAGGAACUGAGACACAAAAUCAUCACUUGGCAACAUGCAUCACCUGAAGGUGGCCACAGUGGUAGAGAAUUGACAUUGAAGAGAAUUAAAGCUUUGUUCACUUGGAAAGGGUUGUCUAAAGAAGUCAGAACUUUUGUGAGGAAUUGUGUGACUUGUCAAGCUGCUAAACAUGAUACUUCAGCCUACCCAGGUUUAUUACAACCUCUUCCAAUCCCAGAAGAAGUUUGGGUAGAUGUGUCUAUGGAUUUCAUAUCUGGUCUACCCAAAUCAGGUGGCAAGGAUGUCAUAUUUGUAGUGGUUGAUAGAUUGAGCAAAUAUGCACAUUUCAUAGCUUUGUCUCAUCCCUAUACUGCUGUCCAAGUGGCUCAAUGUUACUUGGAUAAUGUGUUCAAACACCAUGGGUGGCCUAGGUCCAUUGUGAGUGAUAGGGAUUCAGUUUUCCUUAGUAAUUUCUGGCAAGGUUUGUUCUCCUUGCAGGGCAUUGAUUUCUUACUCUCAUCUGCUUAUCACCCUCAAACAGAUGGCCAGACAGAAGUGGUUAAUAGGUGUUUGGAAGCUUAUCUUCGAUGCAUGACAGGUGAACACCCCAACAGUUGGCAUAUGUGGCUACCCCUAGCUGAAUGGUGGUACAACACACAUUUUCACACUGCCACCCAACUUACUCCUUAUGAAGUAGUGUACAACCAGCCACCCCCAAUCCACCUCCCUUAUUUACCUAAUGAGUCUAAUAAUGCAGAAAUUGAUAGAAGUUUGUUGAGAAGGGAAACAAUGAUUCAGACUCUUAAGUAUCACUUGACCACUGCUCAAGAAAGAAUGAAAGUGCAAGCUGAUAGACACAGAUCUGAAAGGGAGUUUGCAGUUGGUGACUGGGUUUGGUUAAAGUUGCAGGCCUAUAGACAGCAAUCUUUGCACAAGAGGUCUAAUCAGAAGCUAGCUCUUCAGUUCUAUGGCCCUUUUCAGGUUCUAGCUAAGGUUUGGUCAGUUGCUUAUAAGCUAAAGCUUCUCAGUGAUGCUAAAAUACAUGAUACCUUUCAUGUUUCUCAAUUGAAGUCUUUCCAUGGCACUUUGCCAAUUGCUGCUCAUAUACCUCCAUGGUUUCAAGGAUCUGCCCCUGAAACUGACUUAGUUCAACCAGCUUCUAUACUUCAAAAGAGGGUGGUUAAGUUUCAGAAUGCUCCACAGGUUCAGUACUUGGUCAGUUGGAUUGGGUUUGAGGACUAUGAAGCUACAUGGGAAGUAGCAGUUGAUUUCGAAGCUCGUUUUCCUCAUUUUGUUGUUCAAACUUGAGGACAAGUCUCUUUUUUGGGGGGAAGUUAUGAUAUGGGCUAAUGUAAGUAAGCUGUAUGUGGACUUACCAUUUGGGGAGCCAUGUUUGUUAUUUUUGUAUUUGUUUACUUUUGGCGGGAAAAGUUGUUAGAACAACUCCCUUAAUUUUAGGAGAUUCCGCUUGUUAGUUUGUUGCUGUCCAAACUACUGAGUCAGCUAUAUAACAAACUAUUACAGUGUAUUUGGAUCAUCAAUCAAAUACAGAAUAAUCUCCUUCUCUCUCCUAAUAUCUCUUUCUCUCUUUCUUUCUUCUUUCUCAAGUCUUCUUCUCUUCUCUAUUUCUGAACUAUUGGCCAUUGUUGGUGAGCUUGAGAGCUCCCAUAUCAUUAACCAUCCCCACAAAAGCUAGCUCAAGGGGAGGAGAGCCCAUGAUCCUAUAUAAACCCCACAUCAGCCACCCAUAUGACCGAUGUGGGACUUAAGUCCCAUACCUUACAAUGGACCGUAACAUACCACCCCUCUUCGCAGCCACAUGCCCUCAUGUGGCAGGCUUUGCGCUAGGCAAAGAGAGAAGGUUCCUAGCCCCGGACGAGCACCGGCGUCACCUCCAUCGGUCACAUGUGGUGCUAGGAGCGGUGGUCGGCUCUUAUACCAUUGAUACAGGACCACAGGAGAACCAUCCCCAAAAGCUAGCUCAAGGGGAGGAGAGCCCAUGAUCCUAUAUAAACCCCACAUCAGCCACCCAUAUGACCGAUGUGGGACUUAAGUCUCAUACCUUACAAUGGUCCGUAACAGAUGACUUUAAAGAGUAUAGGUAAUAUUACACCUUAUGAGAAGCUUCAGGGUCUCUGUAUGAUCACUUGAAGCUUUUUUGGUUCCUUAUAUUUUGUUUCUGCUAUUAAGGUGCACAGAACAAAAUUUGAUUCUAGGGCAAAACAAUCAGUUUUUAUUGGUUACUCCCCAACCUAAUAGGGUUAUAAAACCCUUGGAUCUAGAAACCAAUAAGAUCAGCAUCUCAAGUGAUGUCACUUUCUAUGGAAUCAUUCACCUAAUACCGAUAUUCCUUCACAUAGAGAAUUCCCAUCUCACAUUUUUCUUCCUGUUCACACUCCUUUCAUUCCAAUACCAGAUGAUAUUCUUCACACUUCUAAACCUAUUUUUCAACCUGAUACUAUUCUUCCAUCUCCUAUUUCUUCUCCUUCUUCUCAUCACACUCAAACUCCUUCUACUUCCUCCAUUUCUCCUUCAACAAACACACAAACACAUUCACUAUCCCUGAACCACCAUCUCAACUUCUUGAUCUGACUGACACAAAUAAUACCACUUGUUCAAGACAAUCAUGCAGGUUUCACAACCCUCCUAAAUACCUGCUUGCUUAUGAAUGUCACGCUGCUCAACAUUGGUGCAAUCUAGUUACUUUCAGCAGUUUUCCUAGCACACAUCAUGCUUUGGUUGUGAACUUAGAGGAGCUCAAAGAACCAAGAACCUACAGAGAAGCAGCUUUAAGUCCAGAUCAAAGCCAUGGAGAAAGAGAUAGAAGUAUUACUAAAUAAUCAGACUUGGGAGGUUGUUACUCUUCCUAAAGGCAAGAAACCUAUAGGUUGCAAAUGGGUGUUUAAGGUGAAGCUUUGGGCUAAAGGCACUCUGGAAAGACUUAAAGCAAGGCUGGUUGCACAGGGUUUCACACAGAAAUAUGGGAUUGAUUUCGCCAGUUGUGAAGAUGGAAACCAUCAGAUGCAUUAUAGCUUUAGCAGCUAGCAUGAAAUGGACUAUAUCCCAGCUUGACAUAAAUAACGCUUUCCUCCAUGGCGAUUUGCUUGAAGAGGUGUACAUGAGAAUGCCAGGGAUCCUAAUCCAGUUAACAAAGUAUGCAGGCUCCGGAAAUCUCUUUAUGGUUUGAAACAGACAUCACUAGAGUGGUUUGCCAAAUUACAUGGGGGAUUACAGAAGCAAGGUUUUCAACAGUCGAGGAAUGAUGGGAAGCGUAUCACUUUGGCUGCAGUUUAUGUCGAUGAUAUCUUAUUAACUGGAAAUGAUUUGAGCACUAUCACAAUUCUGAAGAAACAUUUGGAUUCAGUCUUUGGCAUCAAAAACUUGGGGGUCAUGCAUUCUUUAGGCAUUGAGGUUGGAUACCUAACUGAUGGGGUGAUUCUUACACAGAUGAAAUUCACCAAGUCUUUAUUGACUGACAGUGGUUUUGAUCUUACAAAGCAUGCUGUUACGCCACUUUCUAUCAACACAAAGCUAUUUAUUGAUCAAGGGGAUGUAUAUGAUAAACCUGAGGUAUACAAAACUCUGGUGGGGAAGCUCAAUUUUCUCACACACACAAGACCAGAUUUUUGUUUUACUGUCCAACUACUCAACCAAUUCAUGCAUUUGCCAAGAGUUCCUCAUGUUCAAGCUUUGCAGCAUGUUCUCAGAUAUGUGGCAAGGACAACAAGUCAAGGUAUUCUGUUGAGUCUUCAGGCUUUUUCUGAUAGUGAUUGGGCUGCAUGCCCCAACAUAGGAAAUCCGUUACUGGCUACACUCUUCUUCUAGGAAAUUCACCAGUAUCCUGGAAACCAAAGAAACAAGGAACUAUUUCACGAAGCUCCUCCGAAGCUGAAUACAGAGCUUUGGCUGCAGCAGCCUCAGAGGUUACUUGGCUUGUCAGGUUAUUGGAAGAGCAAACUUGAAACCUGUCACCCUGCACUGUGACAAUCAAUCAGCAAUCUACAUUGCUAAGAACCCGGUCUUCCAUGAGAGGACUAAGCACAUUGAAAUCGAUUGCCACUUUACACGAAAUAAAUUGCUAGAAGGUCUUCUACAACUCACUUACCUGCCAACGAAGUCUCAAUUAGCAGAUGUGUUCACUAAAUCUCUUCCCUCUCCUCAGUUUAAUAAUCUCUUGUCCAAGCUAGGUGUUACUGGCAUAACUCCUAGCUUGAAGGGGGGUGUUGGACUGAAGUCACUGGAUCAUUCUGAUCCGGCCCAUGCAGCUCAUGGUCCAGUUAGAAAAGAAGCAACACACCAUAACAAACUUGGGUAUGCACAUAGAGGAGCUAGCUCGUGUUCCGCAUAGGAAGAAAAUGAUAUAUGUGAUGGCUUUUAUUCUAAUUGUGAUUUGCUAGGGAAAUUAAAUUGGCCAUACUAUCUGAGUUUAGCUUGGAGCUAUGCCAAUGUGAGGUUUAAUUUCAUAAUAUCAAAUUAGUUGCAUAGUUUUCUAACAAAGAGAUCACUUUUUCGUGUUCACAUACAAAAGAGAAGAAAGGCAUUGUGGGUUCACUGUCCCACCACUUGCGGACAAAUGUUGAAUAUUUUGCUUUUCAAGCCAAAAAAAAAAAAAAAAACUAAAAAAUCUGAUGACUUGGCCUAUAUAAGAAUAUACGGCUUCUACUUCUAACCAAGUACCCAUUUAGAAAAUCACAUCCCAAGUACCCAUCUGUCCUUACUCUGCUUCCAAAAAAUGUAUAAACACCUUCUCUAUCCCCUUGUGUUACUGCUGGUGAUAUUUUCUGUUGAACAGGGACUUACUUUUGCUAGAGACGUAACCGGAGGAAGCUUGAAUGUGGCUGCAUCAACCCCUACAAAUGACUUUGGUGGAGAGAUUGUGUUGGGUAGUGUAAGAAGAUCAAAAAGGGUUACUUUAUACGAAAAGACAAUAGACUCGAACAGGGUGAUAAGUCCAUCUUCUUCGUCGAUUGCAGUUUACGAUUAUAUCCCAAUGAACACUGCGGAUGCUGGCGAUGCCGCUUCAAACAACAUCAACUGGAUAAAUGUAUUAGCCUGGGCAUUUGCCAGUGUGGUUCUCUCUGCUACUGCUGGGCUUACCAUCUACUGCCGCUGUUGUUCUCCACCGGCGGCACCGCGUGCAUAAGUGCUCAGCGUGCUUAGCUCCUUAAGCACGUUCAACAACCUAGCUAUAAAAAAAUUGAGAAAAAGAAAUUACGAGAAUUAUGUAUGAGAUAAUUAUAUUAAAGAAUUUUUCAUAUUUAUCACUUUUUAAGUUUCAUGUUUUUGUAUUUACCACCUUAUAAAAUUUAUUUCAUAUUUACCACCUUAAUUUUAUGAAAAGUUUCGUAAUCACCACCUUUUAACGAAUUUCAUCAGAUUUUUCAUCCAUGUGAACUCCACUAAACCAACUUCUUUAACUUUCCUCAUCUUUUAGUAGGUUUUCAAUUGAAGAAGUUAGUUAAAUAAGGUUCACAUGGGCCGAAAAUUUGAUGAAAACCGCUAAGAGGUGGUGAAUUUAAAAUAUUUCAUAAGAUUAAGGUGGUAAAUAUAAAAUAACAUUUUAAUUUAUAAGGUGGUAAAUACAAAAACAUGAAAUGGUGAUAAAUAUCAAAUUAUCCUUAUAUUAAAAAUUAAAAUUGCAUGUAUCUUUUUCUUUUGGCUAUGAAGUGCCUGUAAAACCUUGUUGUUAUCGGAUUUCUUAAUCAUCCUUCCUUUUCCCCUUCCAUGUGUCAUGUACUUAAUCUGAAAUAUAAUGUUACUUUUAAACCAUAAAUUUAUUUUGCUUAU